UCCAGUAGCACGUAUUUAUAUUGCUCUGUAUUUAUUUUUUAAUUUAAGUGUUUAUUUGAAGUUUCUGAUGUGCAUUUGAGUGCCUGAUAUCCUCUGGCUCUUUUUUUUUUCCUUAAGUGCUAGUUUUCACUUUUAUUUGACACCAUGGAAGCAGUUCAGAAGACCAUUGAAGAUCUUGCGGUCGUCCUCAAAUCCGGUAUGGCGGAAUUCCGUAAGGAUCUGCAGGAUGCUACUGCUCUUUCCUCUUCGGCCAACCCUACUUCACGACUAGUUGUGGAGUUUGACAGUUUUCGUAGCUUUAUGUUGUCUUCUCUACAGAAUCUCCAGUCUCAGGUCGAACUUUUGUCUAAGUGUCAUGACCAAGAAGAGAUGCGAAGCCGCAGGAAGAUGCUGUUGGUUCAUGGGGUUGCUGAGGAUAACAAGGAGGAUACUACUGCUACAUUCUCCAAAGUUAUCACCGAACACCUUGGUGUCACUGUUGAGGAUGUUAAAAUUAGUCGCUGCCAUCGUUUGGGUCAGGUUAAGAAAGGUACCCCUAGGCCUAUAUUGGUGAAGUUCCGGGAUGUUCACUUGAGAGAUAGCAUAUGGUACAGUAAAACUAAACUGAAGGGUUCGGGUAUUACUAUAUCUGAAUUCCUAAAUAAAGUCAGGCAUGAUACCUUUAUGGAGGCAAGAAGGCUAUUUGGUGUCUCUAAGUGCUGGACUAGAAACGGCACCAUUCAUAUUUUAACUCCUGAUGGCACCCGGCACCGUGUGAAUUCUUUGGCUGAACUAAAAAUUAUCCCUCUUCCCUCUUCUGCAACUACUGUACAAACCAGCAAUAUGACUGUCCCUAGGGACAACAAACGUCCCAAAAGGUUGAUCAAACGGCCAAUAGUUUAAGUUCUCAUUUCUAAUCCCUUUUAUGUAAUUUAUGUUUUCUCUGAUGCUU